AAAUAAAUAAAAAAAAAAAAAGAGAAAUCUCUCGAACUUUCCUUGUACAUAUCAUCUGCAAGAUAUUUUCAUCUCUCUCUUUCUGUUUCUACCGUCAGCUCCCCCUUCCGUAUAGACCACACGCCAAUCGUUGAAAAACCCGACGCAACAGAGCCUCUUCUGCUUCUUCUUCCUCUGUUUUUCAACUCCACGGCGUUGCUAUGGUGAUCUGAAAAUCGUUUUCUACUCCUUUUGUUUGGUGUGCUGGUUGUAUUUCAAGAUUCUCCGGCUUCUCUUCUUUCUGAUUCCGUUUUUCCAUGGAUCGGGGAGGAGGAUCCGACGGCGGAGCUUGCUAUUACGCCAUACUCGGUAUUCGUAAGGAUGCCUCCCUCUCUGAUAUCCGUACAGCCUAUCGCAAGCUCGCUCUGAAAUGGCAUCCGGACCGCUGGACGCGGAAUCCGGCGGUGGCUGGAGAAGCUAAGCGGCAGUUUCAAUUAGUACAAGAAGCGUAUUCAGUUCUCUCCGAUCAGACGAAGAGGUCCGUUUACGACGCCGGGCUUUACGAUCCGACGGAAGAAGACGAUGAGGAAUUUUGCGAUUUCAUGCAAGAGAUGAUCACAAUGAUGAACAACGUCAAACCGGAGGGUGACAGCUUCGAGGACCUACAGAGGAUGUUUAUAGAAAUGGUCGGUUCAGAUGGCGUGGGAAUGUUAAACGUGAACGACAAUCCAACGGCCUCGAAGCGGCCACGUCCCAACGGUUCCAGAUCUAGCGCGGCUAAACGGAGUUCCUCUCGCUGCUAAAAUCAAACGGCCCGUAACUUUAAGAUCUUUUCAUUCCUAUUGGACAAUGACGAAAAUAUUCUUAGCUGACGUGGAAAUUUCCUUGGGGGUUCCGAAGGGUGGGUGACCUGGUAGGGUUUUUUAAUUUAAUGUAAUUUAGUGCAAGUUGGAGGGGCUUUAAAGUCUUUUCAUUGCUAGGGAAUAUUUUGGCUACUCUUUUUCUUUUUUAAUUUUCUUUUAUCAAUAAUAAUUAUAUAAGUUCAUUUUCUACUUGUACGGCAUGUCUCAUUUAUGUGGAAAAUGUGUUCUCUUGUUUUUCACAAA